GCGAUCUCCCCCAAAACUCACCUCGCCGUCUCCGUAGGCUCCUACUCCCCGGCGGCGGAACACGAUGUCGACGGUCCGGAGGUUCGGGAUGGCGGCGGCGGCCGCCGCGUUCAUCGCCUUCGCGGCCUUCGGAUCCGCGUCGGCGUCCAAGCCGGCCUCCUUCGUCAAAUCCACCGUCAAAGCCCACGACGUCGUCAUCUUCUCCAAGUCCUACUGCCCGUAUUGUAGAAGGGCAAAGGCUGUGUUCAAGGAGCUUGAACUGAAGAAGGACCCAUAUGUUGUCGAGCUCGAUCAGCGAGAGGAUGGUGGGGACAUCCAGGAUGCCUUAGCCGACAUGGUUGACAGGCGUACUGUUCCACAAGUUUUUGUCCGUGGAAAGCACUUGGGAGGCUCUGAUGAUACUGUUGAUGCAUACGAAAGUGGGAAGCUGGCUAAACUUCUGAACAUUGCUGUCAAGGACGAUCUUUGAAUAUUAGUUUAGCACCAAUCUCGUCCCUACCAAGGCCUUGUAAUGCAACUCUGGAAUCUGGAUUAAUAUUUGCGCAGAACCUAUUUCCAGGGAUUUCGUGUUGCCUUAUAAACUGUUUUAACUGGAUGUCGCACUGUGAUUGUUCUAUCAUGUUAUGCUGAUUGCAUUGCUUUUUGAA